GCCAGACAAUCGAAUUAGGAACCGACCUUUUCAGCCUCUUCCUACCGUCACGUCCUAGUGCAGCUUUUAGCAUUAACCUUUUAUUGAUUUUCUGCAGCACUACUCCACACUCUAAUAAAACAAGCUGAUAGUUUUCUCUCUAGUGUAUCUCGACUCUGCUGUCGAUUUGUGCUGGCUUAAGUAACCGCUGAUUGCGCGCAAGUCAACAAUACUUCGCCAAGGCUGGGGUGUCGCGCCAAAAGUCUUGGCAUACUCUAAUUGUGCUGUCUGUCGCGUGCCCCUUUUCCAGAUGGAGGGAUCAUGAGACGACCGCCGCAUAGAACAAAGUCGCUGCCUCGAUCGGAUUGGUGGUGGUUCGUCUGCCUCGCACGUAUGCCAAGUCCCUCAUGAAGCUCGUAUUAUGCGUCUUGGAACUCUCUGCAUAUGCACUUUACCUUAGCGCUCUCGCACGCCCAGCAGAGUCGGCCUUGUACAUGCACAUGGAUGUUUGUUUGCUCGAGUCCAACGAUCGGAUAAAAGCAAUAGUAGUGCCACUGCAGCAUACAAGUAGAUAUCGCGUCUUCGACUCCUGCUUUAGGGCUAGCUGCCCACGAUCAUUUGCACGACCUUCUGGAUUACAUCUAGCAGCAUCUGCAGCCAUCGUGUCUCCCAAGGCGUCCCCACUCCCCCGAAAGCGGCGUCAUCAAAACGCCCACCAGCACGGCAACGCGGCAAAGAUGAAGCUUCUGGACCCCAAAGCAGCGUUUCAGUGACUUUCUGGCUGCCCGGGUAAUCAAGCGGCGCAGUGUGCAAAAGGACACUUAGGCAGAUGGAAGACCUCCACUGCCGGAGAACAUUUGACCGAUUUGCCUAUAGUCGAAGAACAUGUACCGCUAAUCUCUUCGUAUGUGGCGCUGCAGAGCGCCGAGUAAUAAGGAGCCAGGCAGCUUAUUACUGGGCAACAGCACUAUCAGGGACUACCUAUACUUUGGCGUGAUUAUGGGCUGCGGGAAAGUAGUUGGUACGUCGGCCGCAUCAUUGGCGACUUACGUAUUGGCGUACGUACCUCCGCUUUAAGCUCGAGGCUUAGAUGGCAAGGAUCAACUGCUGCUGUCACCCAAAUUCGGUACUUAGUCCAGGCUACCUAAGCGUUUUGGUCGUGUGCGCGUGCUCCAUACUUGGUAUAACGGCAGGGUUUCCAAUCCAA